AUGAAGGUCGAUGACUUGAUGGACAUUGAGAUAGAGGAAAUCCAGAAAGGUUUUAAUCGCUUUGAUUAUAACAAAACCGGCACCAUACGGACAGAUGAUGUUGGCAAUGCUUUACGUUGGCUCAAACUUGUCCCCACAGAAGCCCAGAUACGAGAACUGUCGGAAAUAGUUGACCCCAAUGGAAUCGGCACCGUAAAAUUCAAAGCCUUCCUAGUGAUUGCGGCUGAAAUUUGGAUUCCUCAACAAAAACGGGAAGGUAAAAUCUGGGCGGCAUUUCUCUUUUUUGAUAAGGAAGACAAGGGAAAGUUGACGGUUGAACAAAUGCAGCAGAUACUCUUAGAGAUUGGUGAGGAGCCACUGACACAAAAAGAAGUGAAGACGAUCAUCAACAAGUUCGCCAACAAGAAGGACAAAACGAUCGAAUAUGGCUACAUUAUUCGAGAAUGGCAAGAAUAA